AUGCUUGACAUAAAUCAAAACAUUUAUGGUCAAUUUGUUAAUGGUCAAAAGGGAAAACCAUUCCUCUUUUAUCGAGAAUAUCUCUAUCGUUUUCACUAUGAAAGGGGGGAUGUAGUUCAGUACCGUUGCAGAAAACAAGGCUGUCCUGCAAAAUGUAAAUAUGACCAUAUUUACAUUUCAUCAGGUGUACAUGAACACCAACCUGAUGUCGGGUAUUUUGAGGUCCUCAAAACAAGAGAAGUUCUUGAAAGAACUAUUGCCCAAAAUCCUACCGAAACAAGGAUGAAUAUUUAUCAAAAAACUAUCGAUAUUAGAUGUUUAGAGACUACUCACAUCGAAAAUUAUCCAGAGGCAAUCCCUCCUUUUAUAUCAAUUAGGGGUCAUAUUGACAGACUUCUAAAGAAAUAUAGGCCUUCCAUGCCUCAUUCAAUUGAGGAUAUAAUAUUAACGCCUGUAUAUGCAACCUCUACCAGAUCUCAAAGAUUUCACAUCCCUACUGAAUCUAAUAGGAUAUUGGUCUUUGGGACUACGGAUAUGUUAAAAUUGUUGGGAGCUGCUACGACAAUAUAUAUGGACGGAACUUUCUACAUAGUUCCGAGAUUAUAUUGUCAGCUCUAUACCAUACACGUGAUGUAUGAAAACAUCAUGAUACCAGUUGUAUAUGCUCUCCUUCCAGAUAAAUCAAGGGAGACAUAUAUUCAACUUUUUCAUAUAGUCAAAAAUUUUUGUACCCGUGAAGGUAUUAAUUUCAAUCCUCCAAUUGGCCAAACAGAUUUUGAGGCGGCAGCUAUAUCUGCUCUUCGAUUUGUAUUCCCAAAUAUAGUGAUCAAAGGAUGUUUCUUCCAUUAUUCUCAAGCUUUAUGGCGGAAAUGUCAAGCUUUGGGUUUAGUUAGGGACUACCUGAACGACUCCCAUGUCCAUAUAGUUGUUAGGCGGAUGACAACUUUACCAUUUUUAAGGAGGAGCAUUUGGCCGAGGUACUUUUAUCUUGCUACUCAAUGGCAACUAACAAUCCAUCCCUACUUCGUUUUAUGGAGUAUAUGGAUCAUACGUGGCUUGGUGAAACUGCCUUAUUUCCCCAAACUAUAUGGACAAGGUAUCAUGUAG